AUGAAGGAAAAAGAACUCUUGGCCUCAUUCCUGGUCGGGAGCGAACUGCACGACAGCGUCACCUUCACAAAGUUCACAAGCUACUUCCCACUCCACCUCAGGACCCACCCCGAGAUCAAGGACCUCUAUCGGGCUUACAUGACCAGCCGCCACAACGUCCGCAACAAAGUCAAGAGGAAUAUCGAGAUCGAGGCUCGGAGGAACCCGUUUUAUAUUAGUCCUCAGCAUGUGCAGGAGCAAGAACGGGAGCGAGAGCUAGGGGGGAAGAAGGAGCUGGAGCGGGAUGACGAGCAGAUGGCAUUGGAGGGGUUUGAUGAAUUGGAGCCGGAGGAUAUGGACUAUUACAUGGAACUUGAUGACGUAGACAAGCAUUUGACGCUGGACAAGGCGAUUCAGGAGCUGGUAGUCGCUGAAAAGAUCUACAAGAAGGAAGUUGAGAAACUGGAGCUAGAGUGCAGCGCCAUUGCCCAGGAGUUUCAAGAUCUUGAUCUGGAGGUGGACUCGGUGAAGGUCCCUAAUCUACCCUUUGAAGGCGUCAACGAGGCAGCAUUGGCCAGCGACUUGCAGAGCUUGAUAGCCAUGUGCGACGCUCUUACCAGCGAGGCAGCAAAAGCCAAGAAGUAG